UCUAAUAUCUCAAAAACCAAGUAGAAACUCUUUUUCUUUCUCACCUCUGUGUGUAUCUUUCUCAAUCUAGGGUUUCUAAAUGGCGAUGGCUGGGCGUUUCGGUUCAAAACUCUCACUCAUCAGUAAGGCUUUGCAAACUGAUGCACUUGUUACACAGAGACCAGCCCUUCAACAAACCUCUGAGGUCGUGAGGAAUUAUGCUACUGCCGCAGGAACCAAGGAGGCAAAAGUUAGGGUGCCUCUUGCUUUGUUUGGUGGAUCUGGCAACUAUGCGUCUGCUUUAUACAUCGCAGCAGCAAAGGCCAAUGCAGUUGAGAAAGUUGAGGCUGAAUUGCUAGACCUUGCUGAUGCUUCAGCAAGAAGUCCAAUGUUUUCACAAUUUACACAGGAUUUGUCAGUGCCCAGAGAUACUCGAUUGAAGGCGAUAGAAGCAAUUACUGCCGACGCCAAGUUUUCAGAUAUUACAAAGAAUUUCUUGUCUGUUUUGGCUCACAAUGGGAGGCUACGCCACAUUGAUACUAUCACAAAGAGGUUUGUGGAGUUGACCAUGGCACACAAAGGAGAGGUGUCUGCCAUUGUUACAACUGUCAUUCCUCUGCCAGCAGAUGAGGAGAAACAGCUGAAAGAGACACUGCAGGAAAUUAUUGGACAGGGAAAGAAGGUUAAGCUCACACAGAAGAUUGAUCCCAAUAUUCUUGGUGGACUAGUGGUGGAAUUUAGUCAAAAAGUUUUUGACAUGUCUAUCAGGACUAGAGCACGUCAAAUGGAAAGGUUCCUUCGCGACCCUAUUGACACCCUUUAAAAGAUCAUGCCAGUUUCUGGAUGCAGCACCUUCUUUUUUUCUUCCAGAUUUACUUGUUCUUCUGCAUGCCCGGCAAAUAUCUGAAAAAGAGAAAACAUAGAUGUGUUGCUUUUUGAAAAUGUGCAGAAGAUUGAACUUUGUUUUUGAACUUUGUUUGAGCUGGUGGGCUUGACCCAUCCAUCCAUAAAAAUAAAAGUUUUUGCUGGAAAUUUUUCUCAACGACUGUCCUAGUACUGUUGUUUCUUAAUUAAUUGAAACAUAUUACGGCAGAUUUGACAUGACAUUUUUUGUGUAUCAAAUGUCACUUAAAAUAAAUUCACCUUUUCAAG